GAGCAGUGGCGUGCCUCCGGCGGCGCUGGACGGUCGGCGGGGCCAAACAGGAGGGAAGACUCGCCUGGGCGGCCGUGGUGUGCGCAGGUCAGGCACGGCGGAAACCGCUGGUGGCUGGUCGAAGGGCUGGCCGGAGGUAGCUGCUGAGAGACAGCCGCGAGACCAGGCGGUCUCUUCUCCCUCUACUCCGUCAAGCUGAGUAGAGGGAGACAGAGGAAGAGGGCCGUCACUGACACCGGCCGGUCAGCCGAGCCCGUGCACGCUGCGGCCGCCGGGCAGCAGGUCGUGACCUUAGUGAGGUCAGGAGGAUCCUCCAAUCAGAGCGCCAAGGGCGUCCAUGUGCCGGAAAUAAACGAAGAAGGCGCCUGCUAAGUCAACGACGAAGAACAAGAAACUCGUGCUGGAAGUCUUAGGUGAGAUCACUUCAGAGAACUUGACAACUACAACCACAGUAGAAAACCGAGGCCACAACACACACUACAAAAGUGACGCUGUACUUCAAGACCGGAACUCGUCAUAGAAAGUUAACCGAAGUGAAAAAGUAUCAAGAUGAGUAGCUCGGGAGGAGUGCAGCGGCCCAAUUUUGCCGAUCACCGCUACCAGGAGGCGGUGGGCAACUUGAAGCAGCUGCUGGCAGACGGCGGCAGCUACAGCGGCCGCGGCUCCGACGCCGGAAGCGUCCGCUCGCGCGCCCGAAGUGUCUCGCGCGCUCUGGAUCCAAGCAUCAUGAGACCGGAACUGAGCCACUACCGAAGUGAGGUUGGCUCCUACAGACGCCACUACUCCGCUUCAAGAGUUCACACAUCCAGCCACAGAGGAGAUACAACCAGCUACCGGUCAGGCUUGACCAGCUACAAACCGGAUCUAACCAGCUUCCGACCGGAAGUGACCAGCUACCGACCGGAUGUGACCAAUAUCCGGCCGCAGAGCGCCAUGGAGGUAGGCUCUGCGCGGCGGUUCGACCCGCUCCCGAUGGGCCCCGGCUCCGUACGGGCCCUCUCGCCUGUAUCGGUGAGGUCCCUCCGACUAACAGCUGACGAUCACCUUCAGCUGACUGAUGACGUCAUUGGUCCAGACGCGGUGGACAGCACCGGUGGCGGACAUACCAAACUGGCUGACAACGGGAACGUGGGCUCCAGAGAAAUACAGGUGCUGGAGCUGCGUCAGCUCUCGCUGCGCCAGGAGGCGCUCUGUCAGCAGCUCGAGGAGGAGAACGCUGAGCUGCGGGACGCCGCUGAGGAGAUGCGAGGAUACGUGCAGCAGCUGGUCGCCGAGAACGCGACGCUCGCCGAGGACCUCAGAACUCGCGCAGCUGAGACGGUCAACGCAGAGUCUCUAGCGGCAGCUGAGACCCGCCUGAAGGACGUCCAGGAGGAGCUGGAGAGGUUCAAACGGCAGGCAGCCACACAGGAGAAGAACCUGAAGUCUGCACAUGCCGAACAGCUGAGGAACGCAGGCUUAGAGAAGAAUCGGCUGGCUGGGAGCGUCGAACAACUCAAGACGGAGCUAGAGGAGCUGAGACGACAGGCGGAAAAGGCCGAGCAGAAGGCGGUCGCCGCCCAGCAGAAGGCCGAUCAGGCGCGCUCGGCUCAGUCUGAGGCGGACUCGACAGUCGCCAGACUUCGGAGGGAGCUGGAGGAGAAGGACCGCCAGGCCGACCGGACCCAGAUGGAACACGAGCGUCGUCUGGUGGCAGCCAGCGAGCAGGCUGAGAAGGCCGUCAGGGACACCUUCGACAAGCUACAGCAGCAGCUGGACCGUCAGCAGCAGCGUAUCGCGGAGUUGGAGGAUGAACGCGAGCGCCACCAGCGGAAAGAGCAAGAACUGCAACUGGCCGUGUCCCAGCAACGGAAGGCGGCAAUCCAGGCCAAAACGGAGGCCGACAGCGCCGCCUCGCGACACCAGCGCGAACUAGAGGCUCUCCAGAAACGGAUCCAGGUGCCCGCGGUGCAGACCAAUCCAAGCCAGGACCGCCUCCGUCGGGAGAUGGCGAUAAUGCGCCAACAGCUGACGGCUACCGAGAAUCAGCUGACUAUUGCCAAUCGGGAGAGAGGACGCCUUCAGCAGCAGAUGUGGCGUCUGGAGCGCCGGCCGGACGUCGGUCUGGACCGGGACUCCCUCGGCGGAGUGCUGGGAGACGACGGCAUGACCCUGCUGCCCCGACAGCUGGAAAGGGUGCUCAGCAGCACUGACAGAGGGAGCGGCUCGCACCGCUACCAGCUACCGACGUCUUACAGACAGAUGAAAGACUCGGACCUGACGCUGCCCGCCUCCCCGCCGACUCCUGCCGAAGACAGCUCCGGCUCCGGCAGUCUCUCUCGUCCCCAAUCAGGAGGCAGUCCCGCCAUCAGUCGCAAGUUCUCUCAGCCCGCCAUGGGUCACACCCGCGGCAGUCCGACCGUCACCCGAAAGCUGUCUCAGGGAAGCCCCCAGUCGCGCGGAAGUCCGUCGUUCCUUCGCAGAGGAGCUGCGGAGACGGGUUCCACAGAGACGGUGACGGAGAUCAUAGAGAUUAUCAGCCCGAGGGGUGAGUGCAUUCAGAGAACGGAGAGGGAGACGGAACGACCUGCGUCUGUGGCAGCGGAGGGAGGACAAGCGGAACAGUCGAUAAAAGAACAGCAGCAGCAGGAGCCGCUGCUACAGCAGAGUGGACACAAGACUGAACAGCUCGAUCAGGAUGAAGAGAAAGUCCAACCAUCGCAGACUGAUGUUGAGAAACUCGAACAAGAUCGACAAGAGGUGGAAGAGGUCCACGAGCCCAAGCAGGAGCUCCAGAAAGCUCAGCCACCAGAGCAGCAAGAUCAGCAGCCGCAGCCGGGCAAAGAAAAUGUCCAGCAAACGCAAAAGAAACAGGAUGCGGAAAAGGUUCCGCAGCCUCAGCAUAAAAGUGAGAAGCAGCAGAAGAACCUGGAACAACUUGAGGAACACCGCAAAGAGCGUCAGGGGUCGAAGGCCCAACCACAAAAACCUACAGAGAACAAGAAGGAAAAGUCUUCAGAGAUAAAAUCGCCAGAUCAAAGUCAGAAACCCUUGUCCAAACAGGAGACCAAGCCGUCAGGCCACUCAGGACAGCCACAGUCUGAGAUGCCGACUGAAGGCAAAGUUGAAUCCAGUAUCACAGAGAAGACCGUGAAGUCAGAAGUGCGGGAACAAGCGAAAGUGGAGACCAGCACUGGGAAGGAUGCAGUGAAACCGAAUUCGAAGCCACCACCCACGGCGGGAACGCCUGCCCAAAAGUGAAGCGAGAGCUAGAGAACACGACGGUAGCAGUGACGUACACUGUAUACCGUACAUUCGCGAUGAUUGCGUCCGGUUUGUAUGUGUGUGUGUGUUGCCAUUUGCAAUGAUAUCAAGAUGCGCCAUCCUUACUAGGGGGAUCCUAACCAGAAACGUGGGUAGGUUAUGCGAAUGAUUUAUGCGCCUUUAGGAAGUCUCCUGUGAAGCAUUCCUGUUUGAGCACAAGUCAAAUGCGAUUCAACUGGAAGUAAGCCACCGUAACAGCUGGCACUUCUAUUUGAGAGAAAAGAGAAAUAUUGUAUCUCAGAUGUUACAUCUCAGUUGUAUCUCAGUCUUUGUGUGAGCGUAUGCGGAGCCCACAACGUUUGUAUGUGAUUUGGUAUUUAGGAUUUAGAUGCACAUGUCGAAGCUUAUCCUCAGUUCCGCACAUAACUAGGGUAGACAAUAGUUGCCUGUGUGAUUUAUCGUUUAAUGUCCAUCUGCCAUUACUCUCAGUAUCUGCAGAGAUAUGUGAAUGAGUGUUGGCAGCCAGAAGUCAGCGUAUUAUUUAACUUAAUAAAACUAGCGAAAUAU